UAAUUACAUUAAAAAGCUUAUCGCUCAAGCUCGAGGUCAGUGCCUAUCGUUGUCGGUAGAUCGUCGGACUGACAUUCAAACCAGAAACAUUUACGUCUGAAUACCCGUCAGUGUGCGUUGUCUCUCCAGGCCAACUAAAAAACUGGUUUUGUCAUCGAAGACAAAAAGAACAAAAUGGAAUACGGAUUACAAACAAAGAUUUCGAUGAGGUUGAUCAUUUUACUAUUAUCUUUUGGUAUUUUAACGAAGGCUAAAAUUCUAAACGAAUGUGAAGCCAUGCGUGAACUUCAACGUGGUGGCAUCUCAAGAACAUUCAUGAGUAAUUGGAUUUGCCUGAUGAAGAACGAAAGUGGUAUGAAUACUCAGCUCAUCACUGGUCCAAAAGGUGCAUCCAACUAUUACUACGGUAUAUUUCAAAUCAGCAGUAGCAAAUGGUGUACACGUGGUCGCAUCGGUGGUAUUUGUAAUAAACGUUGUGAAGAUUUUGCCAACGACGACAUACAGGAUGACAUAGUUUGCGCUAAAAAAAUUUCUAACAUGGAUGGAUUCAAAGCUUGGAAUGAAUGGACCAAGAAAUGCAAGAACAAACCGUUACCGAAUAUAAGAAACUGUCAAAGGCGAUGAUGAAUGUCAUAGAAGGAAAUAAUCAUUGAUUAUUUUAAUGAUCUAUAGAAGAAAAAAUACAAAAUAUCAACGAUUUAUGACUUAGAUAAUACAUCAGUAUGCGUGCCUUUACUGUGUCAAAAGAAGGAGGUAACGGAGAACAGAACGGUCUUGAAACAACGAACGUGUGGCUGAUAUUCUGGAAAGAUGAUCGUGGCGAUGAAAUUCGAAUGUAGUAUCAGUGACCUCUGCAAAGGUCGUUUCUCCGCAUCGUCUUGAAGAAAGUGAAUCAAUGAGAAACGAAGGUAACAGGUAAAUCUCGGUCACUGUUGCUCUUGAGGUGAUCAAAGCUUGCUCAUCGUAACGGAAAGUACCUUCUAUUGGCAAAAUCUUCUUACGAAAAUUUUUUGCCAAACUACGAACGAAUAACUAAAAAUACUAGCAACAAACAAGGAAAUAAGAAAAAUGCUUAUUUCUCAUCGAUUAAAAGAAAGUAACUUUGUUGUAGUUAUUUAAUCGGAGAAUUUCGACUUUACAGAUUUCACUUAACCGAAGAGAAAAUCUUGUUAAACCGAUAAAUCUAACAUCGAUUUAUACAAAGCAACGUUAUAAAUAUAGAAACUACGAAUCUUUGUAAAUCCUAA